UUGGGGAUGGGGAUAUAAAGGUGAGGCUUGGGCGGUUUGCUUGGUUGUGUCUAUACGAAGCUUUUGAGCUUAUGUCGUUUGCGUUUUGAGCUUGUGUUACUUGUCGGAUUGUUCAAGAUGCGGUUCCAAUUGAGUACGGCGGUGACGGCGGCGCUGGGUCUUGCGGCGUCGGCGGAUGCGCUGAAGAUUCUCAUGGGAAACGAUGAUGGGUUCGGAAGCGGGAAUCUGAGAGAGUUGUAUAAGAUGCUGGUUGAUGCGGGUCAUGAAGUGCUCAUCGUUGCACCCGCUCAACAGCAGUCUGGAAAAGGCACGACGGUCAUCUGGGCAGAAACCGCCAACCUCACUGUGCCCUCACAGUACAACAUUAUCCCAGCAGGCGCCCCAUCAGUCGGUCGUGAUCCCACCGACGACAACAUCUGGUACUACGACGGCACACCCGCAGCAUGCACCUUCGUAGCCCUCGACUACGUCCUCCCCCGCUACUACCCCGACUGGAAACAAACCGCCGACCUCUUCGUCGCGGGUCCCAACUACGGCACCAACCUCGGCCCCUUCGUCAUGGCCCUCAGCGGCACUGUGGGCUCAACCUUUGCUGCCAUCUCGCGCUCCAUCCCCGGCAUCGCCACAAGCGCCAGCAACAGAGCAGUCCCCUACUUCAACGUAACAAGGCCCUCUCACCCGGCCGUUCUCGCCGCUAAGGCAUCCUUCGGCAUCGUCAACGAAUUCAUCAAGAACACGCCUGCAGGCCAAAAAGUGCUCCCGCUAGGCUACGGCGUCAACGUCAACAUUCCCGAACUUACCAAUGCCACAAGCUCGCCCCCCGUGUUCAAGACAAGACUCACAGGAAACGCGAACACAGACGUCGCUGUCUACAACGAAACCACUGGUCUCUUCACCUGGGACAACGUCAACCCGCUGGCUGCAGGCAUCAACGCCCAGUACAAUGGCGACGCCAGCCUUCCCGACGAGACGUGGGUUGUUGCCGGUGGCGGCAUAAGCGUCAGCGCGUUUACUAUGGAUUGGUCGGCCCCGGUGUCCGGGUACACAGAUGCGGUUUACGAGAAGGCGAGCGCGCUGUUUAGCAGUGGGAGUGGCAAUGCGACGGGGUAUAGUAAGAGGAUGAUUGAGGAGAGGAUGAGGAAGAGAGGGGUCAUGUUGAGUGGACGGGAUGGAGGUGCUUAGAUGCGUUGAAAGUCUUGUUGUGCAAGCAUGAGAAAUGUGUAUAUGUGUAUAUGCGUAAUGAAUAUACUCGGAUAGGUAAAACUGAGGUGAUAACUCGUUUUUUCGCUCCGCGUAAACAUCAAUGAGAAGAAUGUCUAAUAUACUGACUAGUUAUCGUCUGUAAUAUGUAUCCUAACAUUUUUUAUUCUCAAUGUAUGUAGUCUGCAGCAACCGUCAAG